AUGACGGCGCCGCGCGUCGACCCGGUCCCCGAGCACCCCGACGAUGGAGGGCCGCCCCCCGAGGCCGCCGCGGCCGACGUCGAGGAACCGAAACCCGCAGCCGAGCCAGCAGCCCAGCCCCAGGGUGCAGUUGCUAACGGCGAACCCAAGGCUCCGGCCGACGCCGACGAGACCACCGACGUCAUCCUGACCGUAGACGACGAGGACGCCGACGUGGAAGUGGUCGCUAGCAGCGACCACGCCGACCUGGUGCAGCGGAUGUCGAAAGGCCUGUUGGCCCGGGGAGGCUCGACGGCGACGUGCAGCUCGGCGCACUCCAGCGGCAUGCUGGCCGUGCCCGCCGUGCCCGCCAAGCCAAGGGGCAUCUUCGGGGAGGACACGAGCGCCACGUGCCACCAGACGACGGCGGCCUCGCCCAGCACGCCGCGCGUCGCCGAGGAGGCGUCCCUGAUGGCGUCCAAGCACACCGUCGGCGACACCGGCGCCGUGGGCGCGGCCUCGGAGCACGGCGCCGAGCUGGCCAAGGCUAAGAACGAGAAGGGGGGCAAGUCCAGCAGCGCCCUGGGCGAGGUCGAGCGGAGCGUGUGCCUGGACCAGGAAGACGCGCGGGACGAGGCCGGGGACGCGACGAGGUCGGAGGCCAACGUGGCCGACGAGGGAGUGCAGGAGGCCGAGGCCGAGGUCACCAUCGUCGCGGACGCCGCCGAGGCCACGGCGACGCUCCCUGAGGUCACCGCGCUCGCAGAUGACCCACUGCCCGAGGCCGACCUCCCGGACAUGCCGCCCCAAGCCCCGGACAUCGCGGAGGAGUCGGAUUUCAUGACGGGCGACGAGGGAGUGACGGACACGGAGGAGGAGGGCGACGAGGGCGCGGCGUACGCGACAGCAGACGAGCGUGAUGACGAGCAGGACCAGGAGGCGGGAGAGGAGACCGCGGUCGUCAAGGCUGAGCCCGUGCUGGAGAAGGACUUCGACAAGGGCGGCGUGGGGGUCAAGUUCGGGGCCGUCGUGGACGCCAUGCCGCCCGCCAACGAGCAGCAGGACGAGCAGGGCAUGCUGGACGAGGCCGAGGCCGCGGCACCGGAACGCGUGGCGGAGCUCAAGAGCGAGUGCCUGUCGCAGCCGCGGACGCCGGUGGCCGCGAGCUCCGAACGCGUGCCUGCUCAAGCCGAGGCCGCUGAACCGGAAGCCCAAAGGACCGCAGAAUCUGAAUCCAAAAUGCAGACUGCACCGGAAAUCUCGCGCGAAGCUGUGACCCCGGAGGAGCCGCCCGGAGAGUCUGCUGCCGCUGGUGCGGUGGAAGACGUCAAGAUCUUCAAAAAUGAAACGGAGGCUGAACAGGAAGAGGCUGUCCCGGAAAGCGCGGCUGAAUCGGAUAUUAAUUUGGCCGCCGGACCACUUCCUGCCGUACCGGAAGCCGGCGAGCCGGAAGUUGGUGAACCGGAAGCUGACAAACCCGAGGCUGGUGUACCAGAAGUUGCCAAACCGGAGGCCGGGGAGCCGGAGGUUGCUGAACCGGAAGCUGGUGGACCGGAAGUAGGCGAACCGGAAGCUAGCGAGCCGGAAGUAGGUGAACCGGAAGCAGAGGCGGAGCAGCCGAUGCAGCGCUUUAAGAGUGAGUGUCUGCCGCCGCCGCAGCGGUCCACGGCGCCGGCCAGCGCGGAGCACGUGCCCGUCAGACUCGACGACGCCGCCGCCCCGCCGCAGACCGAGAUCCAGGAGGUGCCCAUCGGGGACUCGGACAGCGGCAAGGGUGACUCCGUGACCGACAUCGACGUGGCCGAAGCAGAGGCCGAGGCGGCCGAACCGGCGCCAGAUGAAGCACUCCCUGAAGUACGUCCAGUGCCAACAGAACACGCACCAACGGAACUAGCACCAACGGAACAACUGCCAACAGAACAAGCUCCGGCAGAACAAGCGCCAGAGCAAGCACCACCAGGAGACGCCCCACCAGCAGCCCUGCCCGCUGACGACGUUGACGAGGCUACCCCGUCGAGCCAAGCUGAACCUCAAGCUCCGUUCGAAGCCUCAGAUGAAGCACCCGACACCACCCCGGAGACAGCACCUCCAGAAGAACUGCCGGCCGAGGACGCCGUCGGCCUGGAGGCAAAACCGCCGAGCGAAAUGAAAGCUCCCCCUGAAGCUCCAGCCGAGGCAACGCCACAAACGACGCCUGAAAUGCAGGCCUCUGUGAGGAAGGCGCCUUACAACAGCGAGUGCUUACGAACAGUCCUACCACCUGCUGAUGACGUCGCCCAAGAAAUCGCACCCACCGCGUCUGCCCAUAGCGCUCCCCAGAGUCCUGCCAAGACUGCUGCCCAAAGUCCAGCCAAAAGUGCUCCCCAGAGCGCUGCGCAAACCGCUGCCCAAAGCACAGCCCCAAGUCCUGCCGAAAGUGCUGCCCAAAGUCCCGUCCAAAGUGCUGUGCUCAGCCCCGCUAAAAGCGCCACCAAAAGUGGGGUACCUAGCGCCGCACACAGCGCCCCUAUGAGCGCUUCUCCCAGCGCCCCUGCCGAUCUGGGAGGCGGAGAUGAACAAGUAGGGAAACCGGAAGAGGGCCCUGGUGAGCCGGACCAGUCUGCCGACGGCAGGGCCGAGGUGGACGCCGUGGACGCCGAGUGGGCCUCGGUGCUGUCCGUCAUGGACGCGGCGGCGCGGCGGCGCUCCGUGCUGGCCAGGACCAUGGAGGCCUGCGAGCGCGAGCUGGGCCCACUGCACGCCACGCUGCGCCGCCUACACGAGAAGAUCCGCGCCCUGGACCUGCCCGAGCUGGCGCCGCCCCCACCGCGACGCACCGCCAGCCUGCAGUCCGCCACCGCGGGACUCAAGCGGGCCAGGUCCACGACGGCCAUCCGGGCCCGCCAGGAGGCCGCGAGCGCCACGACGCCCUGCCCGUACUGCGGCCUGCAGCUGGUGCCCGAGGCCGACCUGUCGCCACUCGCCCGCAUGCACAUCCUACUGGCGCAACGACGCCAGGAGCCCUCCGAGCCCUCCGAGCCCUCCGACGAAGACCUGCACCGCGAGGACCACCAGGACCAGUUCUAG